AUGUUUCUGUUAGAACAGGUCUUGCGAAGAGCAUCUCGUUUACCGUACGCGUGCGGUUUUGUUCUUGCCCUAAAUUGUCGACUACUAAUGUUCCAAUGUACAGGCGCAGAAGUUUUCGUUACCAUUUCACCGUCCAGUCCUUAUUUGACCCAUUUUAAGCCGUCUCUGAUCGAGAAGUACGGUCAAGAGGCUGAUGGAAGGAACGUGGUGAUCGCCAUUCUCGACACCGGUGUAGAUCCUUCGUUGCCUGGACUACAGUUGACAACUGAUGGAUCACGAAAGUUAAUUGACUGCAUUGACUGCUCUGGAGCAGGUGAUGUCGAUACAAGCGUGGUGAAGUCAGCUGUUAACGGCACCAUUAUCGGUUUGACAGGUCGCAACUUGAAAAUCCCUGAAACUUGGAAGAAUCCUACCGGGAAGUGGCAUCUCGGGAUUAAACCUAUUUAUGAAUUGUACCCGAAGUCGCUGCGCAAAAUCGUCAAGGAGGAUUGGCAGAAAGAAUCAUGGGACUCUCCACAACAAUUGGCGAAAGCCGACGCCCUUCGUCAGCUCCUUGAGCAUGAAGAUACCAUCGGAGGGUACAGCGACAAAGAUGUGGACAAGCACGAUCGUGAGAAUUUGGCAUGCCAGGUCGAUUUUUUGAAAUCUGUGGACAAGUUGGAAGACAAGGGUCCCGUCGCAGAUUGCAUUGUUUGGCACGAUGGCGACCAGUGGAAAGCAUGUAUCGAUACGUCAUUCCGAGGCAGGCUCGCUCUAUGUAACGAAAUGGGUGAUUUUCGACUUACUGGAGAGUACAAUAAACUUUCGGAGAGAGACGUGGCAAACUACACCGUUCAUAUUGGGUCAUCCGGAAAUCGCUUGGAAAUCUGCUUGCCGAGUGGAGCUCACGGAUCGCACGUGGCCAACAUCGCAGCAGCUCACUAUCCGGACACUCCCGAGCUGAAUGGUCUCGCACCUGGAGCUAAAAUUAUUUCAAUGAUGAUCUCUGAUGUUCGUGUAAACUCGAUGGAGACUGGUACCUCGUUGAUCCGAGCUUUCAACAAAUGCGUUGAAAUGAAGGUUGACAUUGUGAACAUGUCCUUCGGAGAGGGCACUCAUUUCCCGGACAAAGGGUAUGUAAAGUUGAGCUUGUUCUCAGAGAAAACUACAAUUACUGGUACACUAAAUUCAAGUGGGUCUACUCUGAUUUAA